GUCAGUCAGUUCUUCCUUCCCUUCCCUUCCCGCUGCCCCCGCGGAGCGUCCCGCGGUCGGAGCCGCCGCCUCGGGCUCCUCUGCUCGCCCUGCUCCUGCCCGUGCCCGCCCGGCUCCCGCCGCUGCUCCCCUCAGGCCGCCCCGGCAGCGCGGGAUGGCGGCGGGCGAGGAGGAGAGCCGCGAGUACCUGCGGCGGCACCGGCUGCCCGAGCUGCUGCACCGCCUCGGAGCGCUGCUGCUCUUCCACCGGCCCGAGCGGCCACGAGAGUUCCUGAUCCAGGUGCUGGAGCGGGUGAAGGCUGGCAGGCGAGCCGAGGGCGAGUACCCGUUCCUCAUGGACGAGGCCAACGUGGAGGCCAUGUUCGGCCUGCUGGAUGUCCUGGGCCAGGGCUCCAUCCGGCCCGCGCAGUACAGGGAAGCCCUUAAAACUUUGGGACUGAGCACUGAGGAUUUGGAGCUAGAAGACGAUGUGGAGAUCACACUGGAUGAAUUCAAGGAAGGAAUGAAGAAAAAGAUGCUGGAGAGCUGGUCUGUGUAUUAGUUUCAGCAGUGGUCUGCUAUAUAUAUUAAAAACAGGCAUCUUCCCCAGUUUUUCUUCUGGUUUGUCAGCUGUGAAGAGUUGAUUUUAAGCAAUAUUCUCUUUUCUCUUUUUCUCAUCUUCCCUGCCCUUCAGUGGAGCAAUCAGCUGAAGAGGACAAGUGACAAGAACAUGUGCAUGUCCAGCAGGCACUGGAGGGAGUAUAGUUAAGAAUUGCUGUUCUUAAUAUAAUUAAAUAGUUUAAAAAAAAAAAAAAGUAGAGAUCUCUUUUGCAACUGAAAUAGUAUUUUGGAGUUUCCUCCUUCAGGUCAUAGUUUACAGUAAAGGAUUGUUACCUGUUGGCUCAUUAGCACUCAAUAAAAUAAAAGUUGGUUUUUGGGCUUGUGCUA